CCGGUUCAGUUUUGGCGCAAAACUUCUUCGGCGCGUGUUGUGCUCCUUUGUCCUUGUCCUUAAUUAAGCACCUAAAAUUGAAAGGUCCUUUCGUUGCAUUAACUUUAAAGUGUAGAAAUACGAAAUGGAACCGGUGGCAACCUGGACACCCGAGUAUUUCGUCGAGAACGAAUCGAAUUGCUUGAAGCAGCUCACGGCGGAAGAUGACACCGUUUGGCGCUCGAUCCCGCUGCUGAACUGCAUGGCCCCACAACACCUGGUCGAUGGGCAGCUGGUGCGAUUCCGGGGGAUGGUACAGGACAUGCAGGACCCGGAGUGUUACCUCAAGCGCUACGGCGUGCGGUGUAAGACGAGCGAAUCCAUCGUCCGUCACCAGAAUGGCCAGUACCGGGACAUGCUCGUGUAUAACGCGGCCACGGAACGCGUCGAUAAUGCGAACGGCGGGGAAGACAAAACUUUCGGUGAGCGGCGAUCCAUGUUCGUCGUUACGAUACCGGGUCAGAACCGGUGGGCAAUCGAGCACGAGAAACAGAACAAUACGACGGCUGGUGGUGGUGCAACAGAGGAAGGAUCCGACGAAGAUCCGACGCCGAUACCGGGUCGUGUUAAACGGGGGCACGACGAUGACGAAGAGAUGGACACCGAUGCACCGGCGGAUGUGCGUGAGAAAGAAACCAAGAAACCGGCCACUGAAUCGAAAUCCGCGGCGACUGAAACACAGUCUUGCACAGCUGCACCUGUGGCGUUGUCCGCGGACUACCUGCUCAACUCCCCGAUCAGCGACCGUCCCGGGAAGGCGUGUUUGGUGAAGCUAUACAGUGACAUCGAGAACUGGACGCUCAAUACCGUGAUCGAGGCGGUCGGUUUUCUAUCGGUUAACCCGGCUUUGGACGGUGCCGGCGAUGUGGCGGAUAUGGAUGCGUUCGAGGACGAAAUGUCCGAGCACCAAGCCACACAUCCGCCACCAUCGCUUAUCCCUCGCUUACAUGCGAUCUCCGUCCGUAAACUGACCCACACCAAUCCGCUGUUGCUGGAUAGCCGCACACCAUCAUCCAACGGAUCACCGGACGAUAGCGCUGCCAACGCGGCGAUCGUAAAGGAACUGCACAAUCUGCUCACCCAGUGUCUGUUUGGCGAUCGUGUUGCGGCCGACUAUCUGCUCUGUCAUCUCGUAUCAUCGGUUUAUCUUCGCUAUGAGGUAGAAUCACGCGGUCAGUUCUGUUUGAAUCUGAGCAACAUCCCGGGACAGGUGCUUCCGGUUUAUACGGAAUCGCUGUACCAGUUGCUCGAGAUGCUGCUUCCGGCGAGCCACUACUUUCCGAUGACACUCGAGAACAUGAACACGGUUCAGUUCGCUCCAAGGAAGGAUUACACGACGAACAAACUAACGAGUGGCUUGCUACAGCUGGCCCCUCACACGCAUCUGGUGCUGGACGAGACUCGGCUGCAACCGGGAAAGCUAGAAGCGGCUGGCGUCGAGGCGGUCCGUCACGUGGCGCAUCUCAUCAACGAUCAGCAGCUGAAGUAUGAUUUCAAGUUCUACCAGCUCGAGUUCAAUGCGGACGUUCCGGUGCUGGUGCUGAGUGAGGGACGCAGUAUGCUACCGAGCAAUUGCCAGGUACCGAUCAUGCCGGAUCUGGAUGCGAUCGAGCUGAUCGAUGAAACGAUCAAAGCAGGUCGGCACUAUAUCGCACCGAAGCUGGACGCGGUGAGACGCUUUCUGACGACCGCCAGGAUACGAUCGUUUGACAUGAAGACUCUCGAUCCGACGGUUGUCGAGGAGGAUUUUGUGGAAAUGCGCGUUGGUAGUAGCGGGGAGGUUUCAAUGAAUGAUCUGCACACUCUGUUCGUGCUGGCACGAUUGGUUGGGCUCAGCAGUGGGCAUCCCUCGCUAACGCGCGACCAUUGGGAGCGUGCGAAGAAGCUGGAACAGGAACGUCGCAAUCGGCUGCAAAUGUUUGCCAAACCUACUGUCGAACCGUAACACAC